UGAGGAUAGAAUGCCUGUUGGUUAGGUAAGGUGACCUUGUGCAAGGGAGCCAGAGAGAUGAUGGAGGGUUUAGGGUAGUUGGAGUGGACAGAUGGACGGAGGUAGUGUUGUAUGAGAGUUGUGUCCCAGAGGGUCUGAGCCCAGCUGCAAGUGAAGUGGGAAUCGGGUCUAGAGCACAUAAAAGUGAGGUUGAAUCCAGUGGUUCAGCAGAGGUCUGGGUCUCACACUGAGGCUGUUAAAGUCAGAUCCCAGGUAAGUUGGGGGCAUUUGGUGUAAGUUGAUGCAGGCGGGAAGGCGGUUGAUGGAGGAACGCGAGAGCGGAGUGGGGCUACAGCAAGCGGGGGAGUCGGCGCCGAGCCUGCAGCCGGAGGUCGAGGUGGAGAGGCCGGGCCUGCAGCAUAAACUGCUCCGGCUGCCGCUGAGUCGGAUCAAGGGACUGAUGAAGGCUGAUCCCGAUGUGUCGUUGGCGAGCCAGGAGGCCGUGUUCGCCAUCGGCAAGGCCACGGAACUAUUUGUUGAAGUGAUUGCGAAGGAUGCAUAUUCAUUCGCUUUGCGGGGAAAACGCAAAACUAUCCAGCGAAAGGAUGUGGACAAUGCAGUUGAUGCUACAGAUGAAUUUGCAUUUUUAGAAGGAACUCUGGACUGAAUUGGAACCAAGCUUCACAAGAGGCCAAAUUGACUAUGUGCAAAGCUGUGUGCAAAGGUUCUCACUAUAUGUGUAUGUAUAUUUUGUAUAAUCUGUAAAAAGGUUGUUGUAUCUGUAAUGAUUGAUUCCAGAUGUGAAUGUUUGCAAUUAUAUGACUAUAUUAUGAAAAAAAAAUUUGGUGUAAGUUGGUGGGUGCAUGUCAGUCUAAUAGGUGUUGGACUAGGCUUUUAACAGUCUAACUUUUCCUGAGUAACCGUUUACUUAAUGGAUACUUUCUGAGGGUUCCAAGUUUAGGGGAAUUGUCUAGCGGAAUCUUCAAUUCCUUGGGAAUUUCUUCAGAGUCUACCAUGUCAGAGAUUCAGCAAAGUCCCC